CUGAAUUAGGCCUCGAAACUGACCCCGAAGAAUCGUCUAUUUGACCGCUUCUGCUACGGGUUAUUCCUAUACACCCGCCCAUUCUAAAUAACUCACUUUUUCACGCAUCUCACGCACAUUUACAAACGAAAUUCCUUCGAGAUAAACAAAUGUUGACAUUUUACACCCAUCAUUCACUAAACUUCAAAAGACAAUGACAGAACGCAACGAACGCCGCCAGAUGUCGCGACCACAGUCUGACCAACGCUGCAUAACGAAAAUCCCCAAGUCAAUUUUAAAAAGUUUAAGGUUAGAUUUUUGACAGUAAAAAACGUCAAAUUAUUUUAAAACAAACAAAAAUACUCAAUACGAACAAAUUUAUGGGCAAUAAAAGAAAAUUUUCCAUAAAUAGAAUCGAGGUUAUAUGGUUUAAAGGAGAAAAAUUGCAAUAACAAAUCUACAAAUAUAACCUUGUGACUUUGAUUUUAUAAAAUAAGAAAUAAAAUAUGAUCAAAAGUUUAAGACCAACACUAUCUAGCAAUAGGUUGAUAAAUCAAUUAUUUCGUACUUUAAGUCAAAGUAACGGCUAUGAAAAUGAUAAUAGGGAUAAAAACUAUAAUAAAAACAAUAAUGGUCAAUAUUUAGUUUUAGGAACAACUGUAGCUUUUAUAGGCUACCAAAUAUAUGAUAUAACAAGAAAAAAAGUUUAUGCAGAUGCUCAAAUCGAAGUGGAUUACGAUGUUGGUAAACAUAAACAAAAUCUACCCACCUAUACUGUUGAAGAAGUCUCUCAACAUACAGAACAGUCGACAGGGAUUUGGGUGACUUAUAAGGAAGGCGUUUACGAUGUGACAAAUUUUGUGAAUGAGCACCCUGGUGGUGAACAAAUUUUAAUAGCUGCUGGCAGUUCGGUGGAGCCGUUUUGGAUGUUGUAUGCGGUACAUAAAAAUCCUCAUGUGUAUGAGUUACUGGAGUCCUUUAGGAUUGGGAAUUUAUCCAAUGUUGAUGCAGUUAGUUUGACUCAGGAUAUGUCGGAUCCUUAUGGUAGAGAUCCAAAGCGUCAUAACGCUUUAAUACCAGCCAGUAAAAAACCUUUCAAUGCUGAAACUUUGCCCUCUUUAUUGGUUGAGAAUUUUAUAACACCAAAUGAGUUGUUUUAUGUUCGCAAUCAUUUACCAGUUCCAAAUAUUAAUCCUGAAACAUACGAGUUGGAAAUUGAGAUUGAGGGAAGAAAAAAGUCAAAGGUUUUUACUUUGGAGGAUUUGAAAAAAAUGCCGUGUAGAACUAUUACCACGACAAUUAUGUGUGCAGGGAAUAGGAGAAGUGAAAUGACUAAGAUUAAACCUGUUAAAGGACUUAACUGGGGGGCUGCUGCCAUUGGUACAGCAAAAUUUAAGGGAGUUCCCUUAAGAGAAGUACUAAAACUUGCUGGACUAAGUGAAGAAGAUGAAGAAAAUUUCAAACAUGUUCAGUUUGAAGGUGAUGACGUAGACGUGACAGGCAAAAUGUACGGCGCAUCCAUACCGAUAUGGAAGGCAGUGGAUAAAAGAGGUGACGUCAUAUUAGCCUACGAAAUGAAUGGAGUACCCAUACCAAGAGACCAUGGUUUUCCCAUCAGAGUUAUAGUUCCUGGCAUAGUAGGCGCCAGAAACGUCAAAUGGCUGACCAAGGUGGUUAUUUCGAAGAAGGAAAGCGAUUCUCAUUGGCAACAAAACGAUUAUAAGGGAUUUUCUCCCUCUACCGAUUGGGAUACCGUAGAUUUUAAGAAAUCGCCUGCCAUUCAGGAAUUGCCGGUGAUAUCUGCUAUAGGAAAACCGCUAGAUGGCGAUACUGUUAAGGUUGAAGAUGGACAUAUUCUUGUUAAAGGUUAUGCGUGGUCAGGAGGCGGUCAAAAAAUCGUAAGGGUGGAUCUGACCAGUGACGGCGGUAAAACUUGGCACGUGGCGAAUUUGGACCACCAAGACCCGGCCGAACCGCCACGCCACUGGACUUGGACCUUGUGGUCGGCAAAAAUUCCCGUCGACAAAAACACAAAAAACAUGGAAAUUUGGGCGAAAGCAGUGGACUCAAACUACAAUACUCAACCGGAAGGCUUCGAAAACAUUUGGAAUCUUAGGGGCGUGCUAAGCAACGCAUAUCACCGAAUUAAUAUCAAAUUAGAACAUUAAUUUUAAUAUUAUUAACAUAAUGAGUAAGCCUAUGAACUCGUUAAUUUUAUAUAUUCGACCUUUGUUCUGUUAUAUUAAUAAAUCGAAUUAUUUUAUGUACGAAAGUGGUUUUGCUUUAAUGUAGCCUUUUUGGUACAUGGC